AUGACGGCUGACAAUGAAAUGGACAUCAAGGAGGCAUUCCAGCGAGCACAGAGGGGCCACAACAACAAGGCUAAGCUAGUGGCGAGCCUCAAAAGUCGCUACAACAAGCUUGAGGACAAGACACUGUUCCAUGAGGAGUUUGUCCACUACCUAAAGUACGCAAUGAUCGUCUACAAACGCGAACCCAGCGUUGAGAAUGUCAUCGAGUUUGCUGCAAAGUUUGCCUCAAGUUUCCAGCCUCCACCCAAAACAGAAGAAGAGGAGCAACAAGAGGAGGAGGAGGAGGAAGCUGAAGAUGAAGAUGAUCACCCCUUUCUGAGUUUCAUCUUCAACUUCCUGUUAGAGUCUCACAAAGCAAACAGUCAUGCGGUGCGCUUCCGAGUGUGUCAGCUGAUCAACAAGUUGCUGGGCAGCAUGGCGGAGAAUGCCCAGAUCGACGACGAUCUCUUUGACCGCAUCCACCAAGCCAUGCUGGUGCGCGUCACUGACAAAUUCCCCAACGUGAGGAUUCAGGCUGCUUUGGCCAUGACUCGCCUUCAGCAGCCAAAGGAUCCCGACUGCCCCACCAUCAAUGCAUACUUGUUGAUUCUGGACAAUGAUGCCAACGCUGAGGUGCGACGGGCUGUUCUGUCCUGCAUAGCGAUGUCCCCGAGAACCCUCCCUAAAGUCCUCAAACGCACUCGGGACAUCAAGGAGAACGUCCGCAAGUUAGCCUACCAGGUUCUUGCUGAAAAAGUUCACAUUAAAGCUCUAACUAUCGCUCAGAGAGUCAGCCUGCUUCAGCAGGGUCUCCAGGACACCUCAGAGGCUGUGAGAGAGUUGGUUUGCAGUCGUCUCCUGCCGGCGUGGCUGCUUCGGCUGGAUGGAAACGUCAUCGAGCUGCUCCACCGUCUGGAUGUGGAGAACUGUGCAGAAACAGCAAUGGAUACGCUGAAGGCCAUUUUCAAAAGGACGCCUGCCGAGGAGCUGCCGCAGAACAGAGAACAGUUCGGCGACAGGAAGCUAAUCUCGUUGGACUCCCUGACCUGUGAAAAUGUGCUGUAUUGGAGGGCUCUUUGUGAGUUCUUUAAGGCUAAAGGAGAUGAGGGUGAUGAAAUGCUGGAGCAGGUGUUGCCGGAUGCUGCCACAUACGCUGAGUACCUCUGUAGUGUUCACGGCGAGGAACAGAGGGCCGACUUCAACCAGCUGGAGAUCGUAAUGACCAAAGAGUAUAUCUCGCAGCAGCUCAUCCACCUCAUCCACUGCCUUGAUACAAACGAAGAGGGCGGCAGAAAGCGCGUGCUGGCUGUUCUCCAGGAGAUGUUGGUGCUCCCGCAGACCCCGUCCUCUCUGGUGUCCCUGCUCACGGAGAAGCUCCUCCUCCUCAUUCCCGACGACCACAGGCGCAUCCAAACGGCACGUGACGUGGCCGAAAUCAUCUCGGAUGUGAGGGAACCCAUCAUGGAGGUGGCUCAGCCAGUGGAUGAGAGCGCCAGCCGGCGCCAGCAGGUCCAGUGGAAGCACAGUUGGCCUCAAGUGUCUCCCUCUCCUCCCACAAAGCUCGCAGAGGUGAAGGUGCGCAUCAUGGAGGCUAAGCAAACCCUGGAGGACUGCAUCGUGGCGCAGGAUUUCAGCCAAGCAGCAGAGCUGAAGAGCUCCAUCACGGACCUGGAGGCCCGCCGGAACCAAAUCAUCCAGGAGAUGGCAGAGAGCAAUCAGCCAGCAGACAAGGAGGUCCGCUCCGAGAAGAGUGACCCAGAGACUCUCUUGAGGUGUCUGACAAUGUGCGCCGAGCUGCUGAAGCAGAUGAACAUCAAGACUCGAAUCGGUCCCACCAUAAGCGGCUUAAUGUCCUCGCUGAUUCUUCCCAGCAUUGCCAACUCCCAGCCAGCCGUGCGCAACAUGGCCGUGGUGUGUCUGGGAACAUGCACCCUGCACAGCAAGGAGCUGGCCAUAACCCACAUGGUGCUGCUGCUGCAGAUCGCCCAGCUGGAUGAGGUGAAGAUCCGGAUCAGCGCUCUGCGGGCCGUCGUGGACCUGUUGCUGCUCUUUGGCUUCCAGCUCCUGUCUGACAGCACGUCCACUCAGACGGCCAAUCCCAGCCCGUCGGCCGAGAAGCAGGACGCGGCUCCGGCCGAGGGCAAGCCGGAGGACACCGCGCAGAGCGUCCUGCUGAUGCUGUCCGAGUUCCUGGACAGCGAGGUGUCGGAUCUGCGGACGGAGGCGGCGGAGGGCCUGGCCAGACUCAUGUACACGGGCCGCAUCUCCAGCGCCAAAAUGCUGUCGCGCCUGAUCCUGCUGUGGUACAACCCCGUCACCGAGGACGACACGCGCCUGCGCCACUGCCUCGGCGUCUUCUUCCAGCUCUACGCCCGCGAGAGCAGAGCCCACCAGGAGGUCGUGGAGGAGAGCUUCCUGCCAACAAUCCGGACGCUGGUGAACGCCCCGGCCACCUCCCCCCUGGCCGAGGUGGACAUCGGUAACGUGGUGGAGCUCAUCGUGGAGCUGACCCGCCAGAGCGCACUCAUCAGACCCCCCUCCAACACCGAGGUGGUGAAGGAUCGAAUCUGCCUCCGUUCUCUGGAGAAGAUGAUGCACCAGCUGGUGGAUUCUAAAGAGCAGGCUGAGCUGCACAGCGCCCUCCAGCCUCUGGACGUCAACGCAGACGAGGCUGCCACGGACGAUCCAUCAAAAUCUGCCAAGAGACCCAAAAGAGAGCAGCGGAGUCAGCACUGGGAGGUGACCAGAGUGUUUGUUUGCUCAGGUCAGAGAAAAGCGGCAACCGGCAAAGCGGGCAGAAAACUAAGCAGGAGGGCGGAGUCAUCAGAGGAGAGCGAUGGGGAAAACGUGCCCGAGUCGGUUCCCGCCGUGCGUCCAUCACGGAGGGCUAAGACAGCGGCACUGGAGAAGACCAAACUGGACCUCAACACCCUCAUCGAUCAGGAAGCCAACGUGUGA